AUGAGCUUAGAUUACGAGAUUUACAAGGAAGGAGGCCUUCUCCGCGACCGAUAUAAGCUUAUAGAGGAUAUCAGUGAAGGAUCAUACGGAUAUGUGUCUUUGGCAUCCGAUACCAAGUUGAAGAAGCUAGUUGCUGUGAAGUACAUUUUUAAGAGCGAUAGCUACGAGAACCGCGAUGAAGACAAAAAAAAGGAUGAUACCGAGGGCAAUAAAGGCGAGCCUGAUGCCAAAUCUAAAGCAGUAGAUGUGGGCCAGAAAAACGGCGACAACGAUGAGUCAUCUCAAGCAAAGCAUUUAGAAGACGGAAACAGUAGUCAAAAGCCUAGUAACAACUCUUCACUUGAGAAGCAGCAACGUUUAAUGAAACAUCAAAAGUCUCUUAUUUCGGACAAGGUUUUAUCUAGGUUUUCUAAUAACGUUUGUUUCGAAGCGUUGUACGAAGUUGAUAUCCAGACUAAAAUCGGAAAGCACAAGAAUAUUACUGAAUUAUAUGAUUUUUUCGAUUCCUAUAUUAUCAUGGAGUAUUGUUCCGGAGGUGAUUUGUAUGAAGCAAUCAAGGACGAGAUGGUUCCAAGAAAGACGAAACAAAUCACCAAAAUCAUUAAUCAGAUCCUAGAUGCUGUCGAAUAUGUUCACUCAAGAGGCAUCUACCAUCGUGAUAUUAAACCUGAGAACAUUUUGAUUGCAGGUAAUUGGAAUAUCAAAUUGACUGAUUGGGGUUUAGCCACAACUGAUAAGACUUCGAUGGACAGAAACGUGGGGAGCGAAAGGUAUAUGGCUCCGGAGCUAUUUGACUCAAACCUGGAUCGUGAAGAAAAAGUCGAGCCAUAUAACUGUGCUAAAGUGGAUAUUUGGGCACUCGGUAUUGUCAUGCUAAACAUAGUGUUCCAUAAGAACCCAUUUACAGUUGCUAAUCAGACGGACAAAGCCUUUUGCUAUUUUGCUGCUAAUAGAGAAGCCUUGUUUGAUGUGUUCUCUACCAUGAGUUAUGACUUCUUCCAAGUUCUAAGACACGCUUUGACCAUCGACCCUACCAACAGAAACUUGGAAAACGUUAGAACAGAAAUUAAAAAGUUGGGUGAGUACACAAUGGAUGAUGAAUAUUACAAUUCGCUAGAUAGCGAUGAAGAAUUAGACUUCUUAUCAUAUCCUCCACCAGCGGCACCACCUAAAUCUGCCCCAACUAGCGUUUCUGCUCCAUCAGUUGCUCCAAUGAGUCCAUUGCAUUCUACUGCUCCAGCAACGGUUGCUACCACGAUGUCUGAUAUCAUAUCGGCCAAACCUGUUGUUGCUGAAACAGUACAGGUCCCAGAGAAAGUUCCUACAAUUACUGUUGAACAAAUUACUCCUGAACCGUCAACGGUUAAGCAAGAGGAAAAAGAAGCUGUUCCACGCUUCACAUUUACUAAACGUAGCCACAAUCGUUCCAAGAGUAAUGAGUAUUUCUACAAUAACAAGAACGGUAAUAAUAACAACAAUAUAAAGAGAAAUGCACCUCCAAGAUAUGAUUUCAACGGGGCUGGCGGGUACAGAAACCAUAAAACUAAUAUCAAACCAAUUCAAAUAAACAAUGAAAAAAUCAUCAAAAAUUCAAGAAAACCGUUGGCAAUCCCAACACCUAACACUCAUAUAAACAACUUCUUCCACGAGUAUAAAUCAAGGGAUGACGCUCAUAGUUUCAAUACCAGAGACUAUUUCACUCCUCCUAGUGUGCAUAAUCGUUAUAUGGAAGGUGUUUUCUCUAAAAAGAACAAGCGAUACAACCAAAGACCAAAAUCACCAAAGAAUAAUGGAAAUGGUUAUAACCAUGCUUCUGGGAAUAGACGUGGAUCAUUUAACCAUGAUAACCCUAAUAAUAACAAUAACAAUUACGGGAAUGGCAAAUACGUCCCACCUCAUUCAAGAAGGUCAUCUGAAAUCGGUUCUCCAGGAACAAUGUCUCAUCUAUCUCCAAACUACGAAGACAAUCCUCCUAUUCAUACAAUGACGUAUCAUGAACAACAUGCAUUGUCAGUUGAUAACGAGCCUGAGCUGGAUGAUGUCUUGUUCACUUUAGAAGAAAGUGACGGCUUCGACGGAUUUGUCAAUGAUUUAAGUGAUUUAUCCUUGAAUACCCAGCAUUCAGCUCACUCCAAUAACCUCAAUAUCAACGGCACUAACAACCAAGUUCCAAACGGCUUACCAGAUCUAUUCAAAUCACCACAAGUAUCACAUGUCAACUUGAACGAUCAAUUGAACAAUCAUGCCAGCCUUGCUCAUUCUGGAAGAAAACCUUCUACCAAUAUGGAGAAGGGAACUUCUGGAGUCUAUGUUCCUCCUCACCACAGGAAAAGUUUCAAUGCAGCUCACGAACAAACAUCUGUUGGGCAGCAUGCUACUAACGGGAAACGUCAUAGUUUCGGACAUAAAAAACCUUUCAAUGGAAACGGGGGUAAUCAAGACCGAUUCAUGUUCCAGUCCAAUAACUAUCAUUCAACCGCAUCCACUAGUUUGCAAAAGAAUGAUGUCUUCAUUGACAAUGAUGCAAUAUUUUUUGAAGAAGAUGAUCCUCAUUUCUUUUCUAAUGGUAAAGCUAAUUCUCCCGGAAAGAUUAGAGCUGGUAGGAAGUCUAGUACUAAACAAGAUGAGAUGGUUGGUUCCCUUGAACAAUACAAGAAUAAUUGGCUAAUGCUACAACAAUACCAAGAUUGA